AUGAUGAGACUCAUGGUAUUGCUGCUGCUGCCUCCACUUGUGUACCAAAUCGAUGGUGCAAAAUACCCUACAUUCAAUCCUCUCCCUGUUCUUCCUCAGUGGUACCAGCCGGGGGACAUCCUCAUUGGUGGGAUUGUAUCUCAGAUGCUUUAUCACUACCAUACGCCCACUAAGGGCGAGCAUCCAGAAUGGGAAUGGCUUGAGAGUUCAGAGUCAAUUAUGAAUUUCUACCAGCACGUCCUGGCCUUGGCAUUUGCUAUAAAAGAGAUCAAUGAGAAUCCCCUCCUCUUGUCCAAUGAGACUCUAGGAUUCCACAUCUAUGAGAAUUACUGUGAUGAGAAGAUGACCUAUCAGGCGACUUUGGAGCUGCUGUUCAAAUCACACCAUUUUGUCCCCAACUACAGAUGUGGCACCCAGAAAAAUCUCAUUGCUGUCAUCGGGGCGCUUGACUCGGAGAGCUCCUUCUAUAUGGCAGACAUCUUGGAACGCUUCAAAAUUCCACAGCUCACCUAUGGUUCAUUUGCCUCAGAGGAGAGUGAGGGCAGAGAUGUUUCUUUUUACCACAUGGUCCCAAAUGAAGACCGGCAGUACAGCGGGAUUCUUCACAUACUACUCCAUUUUGGAUGGACUUGGGUGGGGCUCCUUGCUGUACACAGUAACAGUGGAGAACGUUUCUUACAGAAACUGGAGACAUUGCUUUCCCAGAAUGGAAUCUGCUUGGCUUUCACUGAACGAAUCCCCCAUCAAGUACAAACCGAUAGUCUUGAUGAUUUUAGUUACAUACUUGCAUCCAUGAAUAUACAUUUCAUAGACAGAAAAAUCAGUACAUUUAUCCUCUAUGGAGAUUCAAGGUCAUUUAUACUAUUGAAUGCUUAUCUUUUUAUGGGGCAUCUCGCAGCUGAUUAUACAUUCAGCAAAGUAUGGAUUUUAACUGUCCAGGUCAAUUUUGUCCUAACAGGCAUGGAAAGACUGUGGGAUUUCCGUUUUUUCCACGGGGCGAUCUCUUUCACAGUCCACUCAAAUGAACUUCAAGGUUUCCGUACAUUUCUUCAAGGCAUUAAACCUUACAGGGAUGAAAAAAAUAGCUUGCUCAAGUACUUCUGGGAGCAAGCAUUUGACUGCACGGUUGUGGACGGCAAGGAGUCCGCAGAAGUCGAUGAUGCCUGUACUGGGAAGCUGGAAAGCCUGGCGAGCACAGUUUUUGAAAUGGAUAUCAGUGGUCAUAGCUAUAGCAUCUACAAUGCUGUCCAUGCCGCAGCACAUGCCUUGAACACCAUGUCCUCAUCUCCAUCAUACUUUAAAGGUAGACGGCGUGGCAAAAGAAAUGGAUUUCAAGUUCUUCAUCCUUGGCAGCUCCACCCUUUUCUUCAAGGCAAUGCAUUUAACAACUCAGCAGGAGAAAAGGUAUCUUUUAACAGCGACAGGGAAGUGGAGGAAGUAUUUGAUAUCAUGAACCUGGUCACAUUCCCGAACAGGUCCUUUGUUAGAGUAAAACUUGGACGAUUGGAUCCCACAGCUCUUGAUGGGAAAGAACUGAUUGUUCAUGAGGAUUUAAUUGCAUGGCAAACCGGCUUUGACCAGGUGCCACCUCUUUCGGAGUGUAACCCACACUGCCACCCUGGUUCUCAAAUGAAGAAAAAAGAAGGGGAGAAAUUUUGCUGCUAUGGUUGUUCUCUGUGCCCUACAGGGAAGAUUUCAAGGCAGAAGGACAUGGACAAUUGCAUCAGCUGUCCAGAAGAUGAGUAUCCAAACAGGAACCACGAUCAAUGUCUUCCCAAGAAAAUGAAUUUUCUAUCUUAUGAAGAAACUUUAGGGAUCAGUUUGGCUUCCAUUGCUGUGUCUUGUUUCCUGGUCACAACUUUGAUUCUCACAACUUUCAUUAAGUACAAAGACACCCCCAUAGUCAAGGCCAACAACAGAGAUAUCACCUAUGCUCUCCUGACUUCCCUCUUGCUCUGCUUCCUCUGCUCUUUGCUUUUCCUUGGAGAACCAAACAAGGUGACCUGCUUCCUCCGGCAAUCUGCUUUCGGCGUCAUCUUCACAGUGGCGGUGUCUUGUGUGUUAGCCAAAACCAUCACUGUGGUUGUAGCCUUCAUGGCUACCAAGCCAGGGUCCAGCAUGAGGAAGUGGGUGGGGAAAAAGCUAACCAACUCCGUUGCUUUUUCCUGUUCCCUCAUUCAAGCAGUGAUUUGUCUGUUGUGGUUAGGAACCUCUCCUCCAUUUCCAGAUUUUGAGCUGCAAUCUCUCACUGAAGAGAUCAUAGUAAAAUGUAAUGAAGGGUCUCUUAUCAUGUUCUAUAUUGUCCUGGGCUACAUAGGACUUCUGUCUCUCAUAUGCUUAACUAUGGCUUUCUUUGCCAGGAAGUUACCGGACAAUUUUAACGAAGCCAAGUUCAUCACCUUCAGUAUGAUUGUGUUUUGCAGUGUUUGGUUAUCUUUUGUUCCAACCUACCUGAGCACCAAAGGGAAAUACAUGGUAGCUGUGGAGAUCUUCUCUGUCUUAGCCUCCAGUGCCGGGUUACUGGGUUGUAUCUUUUUCCCCAAGUGCUACAUUAUUUUAUUGAGACCUGAGUUAAACAACAAGGAACAGUUAAUAAGGAGAAAGAGAUAA